AUGGCGAGUUCGACCCAAGAAAGUGCCGAGAAGGAGAUCAAUGCUACAAAAGCAGAUGCCAACCAUCUAGAAGAAGCUGGGACAUCACAAGACGUUGACUUGAAGAGCAUUGAUAGGAAGAUUGAUCGAAAGUUUGACUUGCACAUCGUUCCUUGGGUUUUUGGUAUCUGGCUCUUUGCCUUUAUCGAUCGAAGCAACAUUGGCAAUGCGCGUAUUGAUGGUCUGGUCGAGGAUCUGGGGAUAGCACAAGGAACGGGUUAUAAUCUGGCCCUUUUGGUGUUUUACAUUCCGUACAUUCUCGUCGAUGUUCCGGCCGUCGUCGUACAGAGCAAUUGGAUCGUCAAGCGUCUCAAAGCAGGCUACUAUCUACCCGCUCUCAUCACGGCAUGGGGUAUAGUCUCGACGUUCCUGGGCUUUACAAAGUCACUGGCCGGUCUCAUUGUCGCAAGGCUGUUCCUCGGCGCCUUUGAGGGUGGCUUGCUCGGCGGCAUCGUCGUCUACCUCGCCAUGUUUUACCAGCGUCACCAGAUGCUACGCCGCAUUGGCUACUUUUACUGCGCGGCGCCGCUGUCUGGUGCUUUUGGCGGCCUGCUGGCCACGGGCUUGGCACAAAUCAGCUUCAAUGGGUAUAACCGAUGGCCUUGGAUCUUCUUCAUCGAGGGAAUCAUAACGACGCUCUUCGGUAUCCUCUGCUUCUUCACCAUGCCGCACACGCCCAUGGACGCCAAGUUCCUGAGCGACGAGGAGCGCCAGCGGGCCUUGUCACGACUUCAGCUAGAUAGCCACGGCGCGGUCAAGAGCGGCGACGUCAAUGAGGAGCAUUUCGAUUGGCAUUGGGUGCGAAUGGCUUUCAAGGCACCACAGCUGUGGUUUUGCUGCUUCAUAUGGUUCUUUCUCCUCAUUUCCCUUUAUAGCUUUUCCCUCUUCUUGCCUACCAUCAUCAGAGGCCUUGGCUAUCAAAAUACCAUUGCGCAGCUCUUCACAGUACCACCAAACAUGGCCGCCUUUUUCAUCGUCGUCGGGGCCUCCUUUCUCUCGGACCAUGUCAGAGCCCGCGGCCCGAUAAUGGCUGUAGGCUGCCUGGUUGCCAUUGGGGGAUAUAUAAUGCUUCUGGCCGCCAAGCAAAACUCGGUACGCUAUGGCGGGACGUUUCUGGUGGCCGUGGGGGUAUUUCCCAAUUCCGCCAUGAUCAUGGGCUGGCUGUCCAACAAUCUGGCACCACACUAUGUCAGAGCCACUGGAAUUGGAUUCCUCAUUGCGUUUGCCAAUUGUUCGGCCUUUGUUGCUACCUUUAUAUACCUAGAAAAGGAUGCGUAA